ACAGGGGCGAUUUCCCGACAGGAAGUUAUGCCUGUAAAGCGUACUCAGGGCAAAUUUGUGCACAUUUGCUUUCGCCAGAGGCCAACUGUGUCCGGUGGUAAAAUAAACAGCUUGUGGCUCCGAAUUAACUGUAGAGGUUGGAUCCAUUGUCUACCGGACGAAGAACCACCUGAGAUUCACCUCAACUACAGACUUCCUUCUCUCAACCGAAGCCACCUCCACCAUGACUACCGCUGUGAGAGAUUCUGCCGUUGUGCCUAUCCGAGGUGCUGGCGAUGGCAUGGAAACUAAGAAACAACCAGCUGUCCUGGAAGUCAACACGGAUACACCUCCGCCAGGUCCAUCCGCACUUCCCCUCCUGAAGGUGGCAAGUCCAAAACACAGCCCCAAAUGUACCCAUCCCACUUCCAUGGCUGCCCCCCAACCUCUCGGGGUUCUUCACCUGGGCAGGGUGAGUCGGGAGGCUUGUGCAGAGGUGGAGGCUGUGAGGAUCAUCGUCCCCCGAACCGCUAUUAGCCGAACCGGCCGUGCGGGACCUGCUGAGGGCAAAGUUGAGGCUGGACAACAGUCUGAGGAGCAGCACUCUCCCCCACUGCCUCUGGUGGAGGACUGGAGAGGACAGCUGGAGAAGCUUCAGAACUCUGAACGCAGGCUGCUGCAGGAUAAGGAAGGUCUUUCCAAUCAGCUGCGUGUGCAGACCGAGGUUAACCGAGAGCUAAAGAAACUGCUGGUGGCAUCAGUGGGCGAUGACCUUCAGUACCACUUUGAACGCUUGGCACGGGAAAAGAACCAGCUGAUUCUGGAGAAUGAGGCUCUGGGCCGGAGUCUGGCGCACACCGCAGAGCAGCUGGAGCGGAUGAGCAUCCAGUGUGACGUUUGGAGGAGCAAGUUCCUGGCCAGCAGAGUCAUGGCAGAGGAACUGACGAAUGCCAGAGCAGCUCUGCAGAGACAGACCAGAGAGGCACAAGGAGCCAUUCAGGAUCUGCUGUUAGAGAGAGAGGAGUUCUCCAGAGACAUGAUGCUCACUCACAGAUCUUUGGAGCAGCUCCUGGUGUCUCUGCAGUGGGGCAGGCAGCAGACGUACUACCCCAGUGCACAGCCCCUCAGCACCGGGGAGCUGGCAGCAGCCAAUCGCAAGCUAGCAGACGCCAUCAACUCCCACCUGCUGGGCAACACCACUCCUGCCGGCAGCAGUGUGGUGAAGAGCAGCAACGCAGCAGCUGAGCAGCUCUGCAGCACACCGGCCGAGAAGAUGGCUGAGAAGGUGCUGAAGAUUUUAGAUCCAAUUUCCUGUUCAGAAAACAAGGCAGACCCUCCACUCAGUGACUCCACCCCCCCCAACUUCCUCAAUAAUAAGAAGAGCAUCGGCAGGUUUCACCCUUAUACCCGCUAUGAGAACAUUACUUUUAACUGCUGUGAGCGCUGCAGUGGAGAUAUCCUGGUGCUGUAGACGUCAAGAGGUGACAAACUACCCCCCAUCGGACACAGAUGCAGCAUCAGAGCUCAUUUCAAAUGACUGAAGUCUCAACAAGAAUGUGCAUUGGAUUAUAAUGCUGUUCUGUGUUACAAGACUUAUUCAGCCACGUCCCAAACUUGGCUGCUCCUGCAGACAUUUCUUUUCAAGUGUGUAGCUAAUUGUUGAGAUUUCCACAAUUUCAGAUAAUGGUUUUAAUUACUUCAUCAACCUGCUAAUUAUUUUGCUCUCUUAACUUGAAAAAAGUAAAGAUAAUGGGGUUAUUUGUUCAGGAAUGUGAGAGUGAUGAAAACGGUGCAUUUCAGAGUCUUUGUAGCCUGGUUUAAACCAUAGCAAGUUGUAUUUAUUGUUGGGAUGAGAGGUCAAGAUGAAUCAGUGUUACAGGGUGACAAGACACAGUUGACAUGUCUGCUUAUUCAAACUUGAACAUUAUGCUUUAUUUCAUUAUUUAUGUAUCCUUAAGUCAAUUAGGAACAAAGGAGCAAACUGGCUGUAAUGUCUGAGGCCUGACUGGGCGGCCUGUUGUGUAAAUAACCCUUCCGGGAAGUUAGGAAAUAUCAGAUAAGGAGAUAAUUGUGCAGCCUCUUGUUCACUGUGAAUGUAUGAUAAUGAAAAAAGUGAGGUUGCCUCUUUUACAUGCUGGUAAGAUGGUGCUAUCAUAAUUUAAACAUUUUAGUCAUAGAUUUUGUAUAUUUAAUGCUGCAAAGGCAUUUUAGUAUACAUUAUUUUGGAAGUGAUUUUAUGAUACCACUAUCGAUUUUUAUAGUGCCGCAGUAUUGAUUGAAAAAAAAAAAAAGCCCAGAUAUUAUCUAUUGCCCGCACACAAAUUCAGUUAUUUUGUGGUGUUUCAAAGAAAAAUUGCAUAUUUCUAAACAUUUCCCACAAAGAUCUUUCCACAAAGUUAUUUUGUUUUCAUUUGGGUGAUAUUUUGUGUAAUUCAUUAUUUAAAAAAUCGAUUUAAGACUUUCUUUUUGCUUCUUUAUGCUAUUAUGAAAAAGUAAUAUAUUGCACGUCUUUUUGCAAUUUUCUAAAACCAAGCUGUACAUUUUGAUUUAUUUCAUCUGUAACGGAGAAAUGAUGAUGGUGACUGUAUCAUCGACAGUGAAAGUAACCACAAGAAUGUUUACAUUUUGUUUUCCAUCUCAGAACAAAAUAAAGACCAAAGUAGUUUCUA